CGGUAGCCGUGAACGAGCCACUUCCCAGCGGCGACUGCGCUCCAAGUGCUUCGGAUUCUUCCAAUGCGACGCGAGCCAGGGCUGAGCCAAGCCACGCCGCCGGCCGCGCUCGUGCCACGUCUAAGACGAGCACUAAUACUGCUGUUAAUGCCAACCACACUGCUCAUGCCAGGGCCGAAGGGAGCGGGCGCAGAGUCGCUUCUUCGUCUGCCACUGCCGUUGCUGCAGCUUCCAUUGCCCCUGUCAAGCGUCUGCCACGGACGCCGACCACCGCGCUCAGCCAGCACCAGAGCCCGCCGCAGUCCCAACAGCAGCAACAGCAGACAACAGAGCGCUCAGUGGUUGCUCACGGCCACACGCCACAGACCAUGGUUGCGAUGGCUGCAGCGAGCGCCGCGCGGUCUCGCUCUCUGCGCAGCCAAUCCCAACCCAUGGCAUCCAUGACAUCAGGACCCAGUCACCAGGCCCAUCAUGUUCCUGGUGCUGCUGCUACUGCUGCUGCUAAUGUUACUGAUGGCCAUCAUGUGCAGCAGCAAAAGCAGCAUGCCAUGCAGGCCGCAGGAGCGCUGCCGUUUGUGAAACCAGCAUCGCACACCCGCGACCGAGCCUCGAACAAUCCCAACCGCUUGCCCUCGCCGUCGUCCUCUUUGACGUCGCCGCCACCACCUCCAUCAUCGUCAUCUCCAGCGUCCUCGUCAGACUCAUCCGGCAAUCCGGAGCAGACCCAAACACAAUCCCGUUCGUUGCGGUCGACAACAAGUGACGUCCCGUCCGCACCUGCUCGAACCACCUCAGCUGGUGCUGCAGCGUCGAAUUCAUCUAGCGCACAAACAUCUCCUGCGGUGGCUGGGGCAUCCCCAACAGCACGCGGGCACGCGCCGCGACGCGAGUCGGUACCCGACGCUUCCUCGACUGAAAAGUCUUCCGAUGGCUCGCCGUCGGCACCCCUUCGAUCGGGCGCGACUGCUGCGUCUUUGCCCUCUCAGAGGCGAGUCCCGAGCGGAGUUGCGGAAGCGAAAUACAGGCCAAGCAGGGUUCAAUCCGCCCAUUCUCGGUCGCUGUCCGUCACGAACGCUUCGCAAGCACGCUCGGCCAAUUCUGCUCCUGCACUUCAUGCCUCCAACAGCGAUAGCCAUUUGCCCUCCGCGUCGGCAUCCUCACCACCCGCACCUCCACUGGGCACCGCCAGGGUGCCUCAGACACGACCCAGGAGCGAGCAGGAAUCACCGCAGUCGCAACAAUUGCAACAGCUCGGCCUUCACACCAACUCGUCAGCAGCAUCCGCUUCUCGACGAAGCCACUCUCUUGGGAACACUGCCGCGUUCAAGCAAAUCACUGGGUCUCGCGACAAUCGAUCAGCAGCAGCAGGAGUGGUUUCGCCAAACAACUCCUCGCCUCGGCGCCCGAGCACCACUCCUUCAUUGUCUGCAGGCCAGGGGCGUCUCACCAUCGGGUCAGACGCAUCGUUCAAACAAGUCAACAUUGACACCGAACAACAGGAUGCAGCUGGAACGGACCAAGAGCAGGAGUUUGUGGACGGCAAUCGAGAGGCCACAGACGAGCCGGUUUCCAAACCACAACUUCUCGAGUUCGUUGUACCGCCAUCGGAUGUACCAACAACACAUGCUGAACCUGCAGAAGCGUCUGCUCCCUCACUCAGAGGCAUCCCAACAAUCGAGGUGGAGCCGGAGAGCGUGGUGCAGCAACCAACGUUGCCCGUCGCUGUAUCUCGAACCUCCACUCUUGACGCAGAGCAUCUCAGCAGCGACGAAAGCACGCUCUCCAUCGGAUCCCCGAGCUACAGCGCUGACGUGUCGACCAUGUCGAUCUCGUCCAGCCUCGAUUCGACUCUCUCUCCGCCAUUCACGCCUCCUGCUCCUCAACGAAGCCUGGCUUCCGAUGAUUCGCGUGCUGAUACUGCCGGCCAAGCAGCUGCAGAUCCUUCCGGCGUCAAUGCCGAUCAGCCCGCCGCCCAGUUGAGCGCUGCACUUCCGUCAACCAAGAAAUGCGCCCACGGGUUGACUUUGCUGGACAUUCAAGCUCGUGUCAAGCGACUGCGAGCAGUCAAGCUCUAUCUGCUCCGGCAGAACGGUCCCAACUCGUUCAAUGUGCAACAGGACCAAACCCCCUUUAAAGUGGUCAUUGGUGCUCAGACUUGCACUUGUGGGAAGCCUCAUUGCAUCCAUUUGCUAUUUGUGCUGACACGCGUUCUUGGCGUUUCGCUCACCAAUCCUGUGCUGCUCGCUGACAAACCUUUGAAGCAAUACGAGGUUGAUACGCUACUCAGCGUGUUCCAGCAGCCAUCGUCCGCUGCAAAUGCCAUUGCUGACGGCGCUUUGCCUGGGAGCGACUCGCACCAACCAACCGUCAGCAGCAGCAGCAGUCAUCGUCCGAUGAAUUCCAAGACAUCUCCAGCACCUCCUGCUCGCUCUUCGCGAUCUGCCGAGAAUAACAAAGCAACGACGCACAAUGCCAACAGCCACCCUCAAAAAGCGCUCAUCCAGUCAUCCAGUCAAGUUGAGACGACUUGCGCCAUUUGUUUGGCAGAGUUCAACGAGGCUGAAGAUUUCACCUGGUGUCGUAAUGGCUGUGGCAAUGUGCUGCACACACACUGCAUGACUGUUUGGGCGAUUGACCUAACACGGCGCUCGGAUGUGGUCGUCUGCCCAUUCUGCCGAUCGGACUGGUAUCGUUCGCCGGCCUUUGUCCAACGUGGCAAGGUGCAGCUCGAGCAAGCUCAAGAGGAGAGCAAUGCGCCCCAAGCUCGUCUGGAACGCGCUACUCCAACGAAAUCUGGCAACACGGCGAGCGACGAGGCCAGCAGCAGUAGCAGUGGCAACGAGGCGGCUUCGACCCCAUCCCCUGCUGGCCAUCCACCACUGACACGGACGAUCAGCGGCGGCAAUUCCGCGACGCCAUCUCCUGCUUCUUCCACGUCGACUUCCGUCUUGUCCACGCCCGAGCAAGCACACCAGCAGAAAACAACAAGUCAGCCGCGGUCGAAAAUGACGCCCAAGUACCAACAGCCCCGUCUCGAAGCGAUGGGCGCAUCCGCUUCGUCCAGCUCCCAAACGGCUUCAGGCUCGAGUGGCGCAUCCUCCUCGUUGAAGAGCAGCAACUCUUCGGUCACAGUCUAUCCAGGCAUUCCUUCUGUGAGCCACUUGCCGACGUUGGUUCGGUACCAGACUCUGCGCACAGGUACGCUGCCCGACAUUGAUGACGAAAUCCCUCCCUCGAUGACAGAGUUUGCUCGGCAAUGGAGCGCGUUGUUUGGUCAGCGGCUCGUCCGCUGCCUUUUCGCCAAGACCUGGGAAGCCCGUGAAAUUGCGCUCUGUCGCCUUGAGGCCUGGGCGGCCGACCCCGACGCGCUCAUCAAACAUGCAGCAUCAGCACUUGCCCCAGAGGUCGUCGCCCCCGCAGCCUUGGAACAUUGCGUGCUUGAAGUGCUCGUGGCAAUCGCAACGUACUCGGCAGGCGAUCCCGUCCUGAGGGUUUACUAUGCCAUGCUGGCGCUCACGCGCACUCUUUUCAUCGUGCUUCUUCCGGCUCUGGAGGGCGUUUCAGUGCUGCACGACACCUGGCAACUCAUAAACCUGAUCAUCCUCAAAUGCAGCGACGCCCGACCGCGCAUCAGCAAUCGGUCGAUGGACGCGAUCAUGGACAUUUCAUGCGAUCCUCGGCACGGCGUUCCGUUUAUUGUGUGCUGCAUUAUGAUUUCUGUUGUUCAGCAACAGCCCAUUGCUCCACAAUCAACCGCCACCCAUCAGCAGCAGCAGCAACAACAACAACAACAACAACAACAGCAGCAGCAGCAGCAACAGCAGCAGACGCUCCAGCAGCCGGUGCACCCCGGCUUUGAAACUCCCGUGGAGCUUUUCGCACCGCCAAUCACUUCGCUUUCGCUUGCUCUCGCCACUCAAGCGGGAGCCAGCUCGGCAAAUUCCUUCAGGGUCCCCAGCAUUGACGUGUCUGGUCGCUCGUACAAACUGUGGCUCGGCCAACUCUCUGUUCUUUUGCGGCUCAUGGCAGAAUUCCGCGACGCAUUUGUGAUCGCCACAGCGGGUCGACACGCCAGCGAUGUGCUCAACGACACAGAGCUGAAGCGAUGGGACCUCUUCUUCCAACGCUUUCAAACGUAUUCUCAAGCAGCCGCUUCUUCGGAGGAAUUCGUGGCCCCCCUCCCUGUCUCUGCUGGCAAGGACAGCUUGAAUCUGAUUGAAAUUGUCUGUCACAUUGCUGUCGCCCUCGAGCACAAUCACGCGACAGUCCGACAGCAAGCUCGCCAAUUCAUCUGCCAAGCGUACGAACUCAUUUCUCCGCUGCCCGAGAACUGCCGACGCAUGCGAGCCGUUUUGCAAGCAUCCAUUCGCCGCAAGAACUUGUGGUUGGAAUUUGAAAAGCCUUUCGAUGCUUUCGAUCAAACUGUUCGCGAGCUCCGCAACGCCGAACCGGGCUGGGCAGGCACUGGCGAAAAUUCUCACUCGCGCCUCCACCGCCAUCCGCUGUUGCCGUCGUCCUGGAUCAACCUGCGUGGAGAGAAACUGCAGACUGACGCCAAGGCCACUGGCGAAGAGUACGAGGCCGUGCAACUGGCCCAUGCUCUUUCACUUGCCGAACGGGAUGUUGAGUUCGCCGGGCUUACUUUUGCGGGCGAGUUUGCUACCCUGGAAUCUGACACGCCACCAUCGAGCUCGUCGCGCGCUGGGCCGGAAAACCAGCCCAUGUCAACUCUUCCAGGAGGCGAGUCCUACUGGGGCGCGUCCAGCUCUCUGCUGCGAGUCAAGCAGUUCCAGAACAUGCGAUCCAAGUCGCAGCCACCGCCUCCCUCACCCCGAUCGCGGAAUAUGCAGAGCUUUGAUGAAAACUUGCAAGAGGAAGCCGAAGAGACCCGAGCCAGGUUGGAGCAAGAAUAUCACGCUCGCACCAGCAUGUCCGGGCCCCCGCCGUACCAUGUGGAAUUUCAGUUGGACUAUGAUCAAGAGGAUUGGCAGUUUCCCGUCCCUUCGCGAGAGCGCCAGAACAACAUUCAACUCGGUUUUGGCACCAGCGACGCGCUCGCGCCUCCUGCCAAGCCCGAGCGCCGUCAAUCCUUUCCUACCCCCGAUGCCACCUGGGAGAUGGAAAAGCAAGCAUUUGCGGCCAAAACCAAGUCCUCGGGCAGCUUUCUUCCAUUCGAUAGCCUCCAGGAGGAACUGGUUCUCCAUGACCAGCGACAGAGCGAACUUGUCCCCGACGUGGCAGCAAUGCUGAAAGUGGCUACUGGCGAGGUGCUUGAAGGGCCAGCACGGAUCGAAGGCCAACACGAGCUUGUCGCAGGCGCCGCUCAGGGCGAAGCUGCUCUGGAAGCAGCCUCCAGCAAUAGUGGUUCCGACGUGCAAGAGCGUGAUACGCCGCUGACGGAUAUUGACGAAAACACGGCAAACGAGCUUCGUUCUGUGAUUUCACUCGGCGUGGCUCCCAUCAAGAAGGGCGUUCUUGGCACAGGUGCCUUUUCCACAUGUUUCAUGGCCGCCAUUCCGCUGGAUCGGAUGGAAGCCGGCGGGAAAGCUGCACAUCAACCCAGUCGCAUCGCCCUUGUGGCCAUGAAGCAAAUGACCUACGCACGCAACACUCACGAAGAAGAAGAGAAAGUCAUGAUGCAGGUCAUGCAAGAAAUCACCAUUCUCGCCGGUCUGGUGCAUCCCAAUGUCGUUUCCUUCUACGGCACUCAGCAGGACGGAAAUCACGUGCGUGUCAUCAUGGAGCUCAUGGCUGGUGGAACGGUCACGUCCCUUCUACAGCGGAUGGGCAAGCUCACGGACUCGAGCGCCGGCUUUCUUGCACGGCAACUCGUGGAAGGAAUGGCUUACUUGCACAGCAUGGCCGUUGCACAUCGCGACUUGAAAGGCACCAAUCUUCUUCUUUCCGACGAUCAGAUGGUGCUCAAGAUUGCCGAUUUCGGCUCGGCUGUUCGCGUGACCGACCCGAACAUUUCACACGACGAGCUUCGAGAAGCACGUGGAACCGCAGCCUUCCUCGCGCCAGAGGUCAUCAAGGGCGCGAGCUCCGACUGUUUUGCCAGCGACGUGUGGUCGGUCGGCUGCUGCAUCAUCGAGAUGGUCUCGGCACAAUCGCCUUGGACGCAAGAAUUCGGUACCGACAACCAGUUCUCGCUGAUGUACGCAAUCGCCUCAACGGAGGAGAUGCCAGCGUGGCCGGAGAGCUGCCAAGAAUCCACUGGGCAUUUCUUGAGGUCGUGUUUGCAACGCAAUCCCGCUUCACGCCCCUCAAUGCUGGAUUUGCUGAGCUAUGAUUUUGUCAAUCAGACGUACGAGGAAGAAGCGGAAGAAGAGGAAGAGCCCUCGAGUACAGACAUCCCACAGUCAGCCUUGCUCGUGGAUGCUCAGAUCGCCCCUCAGAUUCCCGCACUGUUAGCUCCAGCGAACUGAGCGGCCUUUCCCUCGAUAGAGUGGACGCUGCCAAGUUACGAAGCUGGAAUUAUGCUCAUUUUCUUUUGUUAACAACAACUAAUACACAAAACCAAUAAAACCUAUUAAAACAUGG